AUGUCAAAUUAGAAAAGAGACUAUAAGAAGGUUGAAAAGUGUAAGAGAGAAGCUUUAAUAUCCUUAGUUUUUAGCUAGGGUUUGAAGAUAAAGGAAGUAAAUAGUUUGUUUAUUUUUAGGCAUCUUAAAAUCUUGAUAUAAAGUAUGCAGUAGCCAAAACAAUAAUAGUUGCUUUUAGAAAAAAAUAUAUUUUAGAGAAAAAAGAAAUAAUGUCGACCAAAAAAUGUAGAUUUCAGCCCAGAAUAAAUCAGAUUUCUGUACAUCGAAUUAUUAGUAAAAUUGGAGGAAAAUGUGUUAAUCUUGACCAAGAGAAAAUUUUAUGA